AUGCCCAUAUUUCAUGAGCCCAGUGAUAGCCUGCGGGCGCCAUCAAACUUGCCUGAGCCGGUGACAUCCAGCCUCCAAAGAGUAGGAACCGCAGAAUCGGGUGCCGAGGGAGCGUGGAACAGCAGUAUACAUGCACAGGAAUCGACCGCAAUUGAAUCAUCGCUCGACGCGGACCCCGCGUCGCCCGGCCAAACGCGCAAGUCGUCCAUAUUCGGCCGGAAAGAAUGGGUAGAGAGAAUCAAAAAGACACACAGCCCGUCCUGGCUGCAGUGGCAGGGUAGUGACAUCACAGCCGACCCUGACGCUUCCAUCCGCCCCAAUUCUCGUGACCGCUCAAAGACCCCUCUCACUCCUGCUGCCGACUUGCAAUCUUCACAACCCUCCACUCCUGAACACUUGCGGGACCCUGCAGCCGCAGGUCUAGAGAUCCAGCGCCCCCGGUCGGCAUUGCACUCCGGAGACUUCAGAGAGAAGCCAGCAGGGUGCGCUUCGAGCAACGGCGUCUCGUCUUCAACUUUCCUCGCAACGUCGCCAGUCGUUCCAUGGGACCGUUCUUUUCCCUCGGCAGCGUACAAUGCGAACCGACAUGACGUCUCGUACGUCGACCCGCGCAACCGCGACAAUCGCACAGCCCCGCGCUCACGAACGACAUCACGGUCAUCGCUUAGUUCGAUAACGCUUCUGCCUCCAACAAGCCCGCUCGUACAUCAGGCAAACAACACAGAUUUGGAUUUCUCCUCUAGGCCGAGCUCACGUCAGACAUCUCCAAGCCCUAGUAGGAACAGUCGUCGACACACUUACUCUCCGGCGUCUUACCACGGUUGCCAGUCUACCCACAUGGCGCGCUCUACAACUGGAACACCCGCUGCCCGUCAUCUACGCUACAGCAGCUCGAUACCAUACCAAGCGCAUCAACCUCGGCGGUCGUCGACAAUCAAUCACUCAGAACCCCAAUCCUUUUCUCAAUCACAAUUCCUCAACCUGCGACGGCCGUCAUUCUCAUCCGAGGCGUCUCCACUCCAGCACGCACCUAUGGUAGGCUCAUACGAAGAGUCUAUCUUGCGGGGACGCAUGUCUACAACCCCAUCGCGGCCCCUUGACUUUGUGGCGAAAAUUGGCGUUCUCGGACGAGGGCAGUGCAAAUCAAGCCUCAAGUGCCCACCUCACGUCACGAUUCCGUUUCCUGCAGUCUUCUACAGUUACAAUACAGGAAACGGUAGGAUCUCAGAUAAUGAGCCAAGUCCCUAUGUAGGCCUUAUAGACUUGGAAAAUUCACUACCCGCUCCCGAUGACAGCAACGAACCUGGCAAACGCAAGCGACGACACGCCGCACCUGCUCCAGAUCAAGAUGACCUAGACUUUCGGAUACAACUUGGUGACGAAGAAAAUGCACAGGCUGUAAAGGGAGAUCUACGUCGGCGAGAAAAGAAAAAGCGACGAUCCACGUCACCAAAAGCACCUCCUGGGGGCUGCUAUCGAAUUCCCCCGCAGGGCCAACUUCAGAUUGUUUUGAAGAACCCAAACAAGACAGCAGUGAAGCUGUUCUUAGUCCCAUACGACGUGUCGGACAUGGAGCCAGGCCAGAAAACAUUUGUCAGGCAGCGCAGUUAUUCUGCCGGUCCCAUAAUAGACAUGCCCGCUUCUUCACGGAAAAACCUCGGUACUGAUCGUCCAGAAGCUGCCCUCAGCGGUUCGGAUGACCCCAACGAUCGCCCGAUUCUCCGUUACUUGAUUCACUUGCACAUAUGUUGUCCGUCAAAAGGUCGUUACUACCUAUAUAAAAGUAUACGAGUCGUCUUUGCCAACAGAGUCCCUGACGGUAAGGAGAAACUUAGAAAUGAGAUUCAACAGCCAGAGCCAAGGUACAGUACCUAUAAACCAACGCGCGAUUCGUUGGCAUCACAAAAAACUCCAUCUGCUGGAUCCCAGUUCACCAACGAAGGAGACUUGCGUCGUCGUAGUGCUGGAUGGCCGCGCUACCACUCGCAGCAAGCGUACGACCAGCUUGACGGCUUGAGCCACCAUGCGCCAAUGCCUCCUAUAGCUGUCAAGUUCACAGGUGGUACUACAAACUCGUCUGCAUCGAGCAGUUUCAGCUCGCACAUACCAGAUAUGCAGCCUAUACCUUUCAAUCUCGGUCGAUUGGCUGCAAUUGAAUCACGACCCGUUUCGCGAGACCACAUGGAUGUAGACCCGAAGAGCCCCUUCAAAACUCCAGUCACGUCUCCGCGCUCCAAUGAUGGUGCCUUUGGAAAACUAAACAAAGGCGACGUUGGCUACGGCGGAAACGCGUUCUCUCCCAUCAGUAGUCCGAAUAGCCCUCCCAGUGCGGGUUUACUGUCGCAAAAGUUGCGUGGUUUGGACGUUGAGCGCAAUGAUGCCACUGUCUGCCCUUGGAAUGGUUUGCAUAGGCUCAAGGAUGUUAGCCCUGUCGUAGGGCUUAGCGCGUAUAUGCAAAUUGCCCCAGCGUUCGCGAAGAUAGCAAUGGCUUCCAGGCGCGCGGUUCAACUCGGCGUCCACGCACAUGCCUCGGUCAUAGGUCGACAAACUUCGCGAUUGCGCUUCAAUGCUACACAAGCUUUCAGUCUUGCGUUGCGCCAGCAAAGCACAAGCGCUUCUCAGAGCAAGCUAGCGAUUUUUGGAAGCACCCCAAGUGUGCAAUUGGCGCCUGUACAGAAGAGAUGGCAUUCGCAACAGCCACCCAACCUAAACAAAGUCUAUCAGUUUGAGGAUGUCCUUCACAUUCUUGAACACCCCUCCGACUCUCGCCUACUCAUUGACGUGCGCGAGCCCCAUGAAUUCGAGGCCAAUACUAUCCCCACCUCUAUCAACAUCCCGGUUACAUCCCAGCCAGAUGCGCUGCUCCUAAGCGAAGAAGACUUUGAGGAUCGUUUUGGGUUUCAGAAACCACCCAAGGGCAAGGAGGUUGUGUUUUUCUGCAAGGCAGGGGUUAGGAGUUCGGCAGCGGCCGGAAUUGCGAGACAAGCUGGAUAUCAAAACGUUGGUGAAUACCGCGGCUCGUGGCUUGACUGGCAGAGACGCGGUGGACCAGGUACCAAAUCGCCGCCAAAGCCGGAUGGUAUUGGAGAGCCCAAAGAGCCUACGACGGAAACUAAGCCUACGGCAAGGACGGGUAGUAGUGGAGAGGAGGAUAUUGGCACUCAAGGGCAGCCAGUACCGCCAGCCGGAGGCAUUGUUACUGGCCAACAGUAA